AUGGCUGGCGGUGGGAGAGGAGGAGUGGGGGAGUCCGUAAAAUCGAAGGGAUCCAUGACAACGGGGCUCUCGUAUGCGAGCGUAGCUGGAAAGGUGGGGGAAGUGUUGCAAAGGGCAGCUAGGAAUGGAGCGGCAGGAUGGCGGCAGCGGCAGGGGGUGGACGAACAGGAGCGGGAGGAUGAGGAGGGUCUCCUGGGCCGGGUGCUGGAAGAUUUCCCGGAUGGGGUAUCCGAGGAUCCCUGGCGCCGUUACGUCAUUCGUUUCCGGUACCUGCGGGGGAAUGACGAGGGCCGGGACACGCGGGACUAUUUGGCCUCCGAACUCCUCGUGCGGACGCUGGGGCUGAGCCCGGAUGAUGUCGUGGCGCUCAUUCAGCUGCCCGGGUCCCAAGAGACGGACGUGUGCCUGGCCUCCGAGGGGGCCUACAGGCGGUUUUGGGCCGAGUGCCGGGUGUUGCGGCGCCUGCGGCCCGAGCUCCUGGAAGGAUUCAAUAUUUUGCCGCUCUUCCGGGGGGACACCAAGGUGCUCACCAUCGCCUUUCGUACUUCAGCGAUCCCGGAGGGAGACGUGGCCUUGUGGUUGUCGAGGUAUGCCAACAUCCUCAUGGGGCCGGAAAAGAAGCGCGAUCGACAUGGGUUCUGGACCGGCAAAUACCGGUGUGUGGUGGCGUUCAAGGAUGUCUCCCACAGAGGCCUGAGUCACAAGGCGGGGGGAGGGCCAUCGACGGGCCCGGAAAGCGGCGCCCAUUCGGCGUUGGACGGCCGUCUGCCCAAAUAUUUCUAUUUGGGGGCGGAGCGGGGGAUCACGCGCUAUAGUGGCCAGCCGCCGGCCUGCUUUCAGUGCGGGUCCUACGGACUCCGGCGUCGCAGCUGCAUGACCCCGCUAUGCUCGCGCUGCAGGGUCCACGGUCACCCGACCGCCGCUUGCCAGCAGGCCAUCCGGUGCAACCUGUGUGAAGAGCUGGGUCACACCUAUUACUGGUGCCCUAUGGCCUAG